AAAGGGAACUGCGGGGGCCACCUGGUGAACCUGCCAUCCCAGCCCCUGGCCGCUGUUCCUUGGAGGGGAUUGUGGAUGUUUGGCCUGGAGCACACAGCUCUCUGUGUGUCUUAGGGCUGGCAUUCUGGGGGUCACUGAAAAGGACAGACAAGAGGCUGCCGACCUGAGGACUGGGAACUUCAAGUGUGAAUCUGGGUGAUGCUUCAUUAAGGAGUCGCUGUCAGAGAGGAGGCCAGCAUCUAUCAGUAUGGUGGAUGUGCAGUGUCUGAGUGACUGUGAACUGCACAUGCAACUGGAGAAGCUUGGAUUUUCAGCGGGCCCAAUACUGCCUUCCACCAGAAAAGCGUAUGAGAAAAAGUUAGUGCAAUUGUUGGUCUCGCCUCCCUGUAAACAACUUGUCAUGAAGAAACCCAAAAACCUACACGGAUCUGACCACAGCGAUGGCAGUGAAGAUCCAGCGGUAAAUAUCGUUUUGAAAGGAAAUUUCAAUUUCUCGAAAGACAAAGGCAAGGAAUGCAAAAAUAGACGAGACGCUUCUAAUAAUAAAAGAAGAAUCCUAGACAUCUACUACCUGAGCCAGAAGCCCACAAAGGUGGUCAGGCAUGUUGCGAGACCAAACCCAAGGAUGGAGGAUGGCUGUGUCACCGAAGAGGACUGCUGCCAGGGGAACCCGAGCCUGGAGAGCAGCUUCCCAUGCCAGAACCCUGAGAAUAGCUUCCCAUGGGGCUUGAAGCUGGCCAUCUUUGGCAUUUUCAUCAUUGUGUUGUUUGUCUACAUAACUGUGGAAAAGAAGCCGCUCUUGCGUUAAACCCUUUAGGAGCAAAGCAGAAGGGCCUUAGCUACAGCCAGGCAGCCCCUCCCACUGCCCCAAAUGUCCCCGCUCCGGCCUCGCAUGCCCCCGCCCUAUACUGGCUCUCCUGAGCUGUGUCUGGGUUCAUCUAGGUGGAGGAGCAAGGGCAGAACCAGGCAGCAUGCUAGGUUCGCGACCACCUGUAAGUCAAGUAAGCCAUCAUUAAAGGUGCUAACACAUCAGAGCGCUCUUCUGUCAAGGAAACUGCCCGGGUCUGCUCCCUCCCUCCUUCCUCUGUUUUGUUCCUGCCCUUUUUUCCCCCAAAACAAAGAGGCUUCACAUUCUUAUACCAGUCCACUUGCUAGUGCAGAACGUGAAACAAAGAGAAAAUUAUAUUCUUAAUAAAAUGUGUGCAGCUAUCCAGACAGUGGUGACAUUUCCAGUUUGGCAUGGUGAUGACAGUGACCUUGAUAAAGCACAAAUCUGUUCCUCCUCUGCUGCAACCCCUCAGCCUCAGACGGGGC